AUCCACAAAUAUUCCAUAUCAACAAUAAUGGAAGCAACCAUGGCCAAUGCAAAAAAAUGACAUUUGGAAUUUCUCUUUCCCACUUUACCAUUCUUUGAUGGUAGGCUAAGCCGCUAAGGUGUCUAUGGACCCAUCUUCUUUUCCUUUGUGGGUCCCAUUACCUCCUCUAUUAUCUCCCAAUUAUCAACAUUGGGGGGCUAUCAAUCACACUUUAGUAGUCAUAGACUUCAUUUGAAUUUUGAAAAGGGUACCAAAUACCAAUAUACCAAAGAAAAGGUAAAUACCACCAAUUAAAAAAGUGUCCCAAAAAAUGGUGUAAGAAAGAAGAGUUCCAAGAAAAGAAUGGAUGACCAUUCCAAGGCUAAAAAGUGAUAUUUUUUUCUCGUUUUUUGUCACCAUAGUGGAGUAAAUUUUGCUGGUUUUAAUCAUCUUCAAUUGGGAUAAAGGUCUACUACUAGUAGUAAAGUCUUUAGGUAACGUUUCAAUCUAUUUAUUCCUUCAAUUCACACAUUUUCGUUCUUCCCUAUUUAUCAUGAGAAUUGUUGCUUCAAACGUGUAAAACAAACCCUCUUCUCUUUUUUUUCUUCCUCCCUUUAUUACGUUUCAAUCUGAUGACUGAGUGAAUAUCUGUUUCAAAUUUGUAAACUUUUUCUGUGGAAGGAAGGUUAUUCUUGUUUAUUUCCAUCAAAAUGAAUUGAUAGAGUAAUUGAUGUGAUGAAGUUUGAACUUUUUGAGGUAAAUGUCAUCUGAAUUGGAGAUUUUUUUAACGUAUUUUGGUUUGGAUUUGAUUGAUUGGUUCUUGGAAAGUCCGUCUUUGAAAUGUUGCUAUGUUUAGGUAUUAAUUUAUGAUUAGUGCUCAUUUUUAUUACUAUUGCUGGCUCAAUUGGUGUUCUUAUGCAAGAAUUGAACAAAUUGGGAGAAACCCAUUUCUUUCUUAGGUCAAAAUAAUCUAUAUUGGGCAUUUUGAGUUAAGAAAAUGGGAAUUUUGAGAUGGGUAUGAUGCUGAAAUAGGGAUUGAGGUAAUUUAUGAUUCUUGUUUGUUAGAGUUUAGGUAAUUGGUGGAUGGAUGAACAUAGAAUUUUUUUUUGAUUAUGUGGCAUGUUCUUUUUAGACGAGUUAUGACUUAUGUGUAAAGGUGUUUCUCUGUUGAAGUGUUGCUUGACGAUCAGCGGAUAUUUGGUGUAGUAAAUUCAGAUUGUAGCUAAAAUUGAAGGUUUUGGUAUUUGUCAAAAGGAAAGAGUUAUGUCAAUUGAAGCUUGUGGUUCUAGCUUGUUAUUAGAUUUGCCUAAUGAUAUUCUUGCAAUUAUUGGAAGGUCUCUUUCACCUAGAGACAUCUGCAAUCUUGGUCUGUGUUGUAAGGGUCUUAAUGCCCUUGCCGGCUCAGACAAGAUUUGGCUUACUCAAUGUGAAAUAAUUGGGGUUGUAUCUUCCGCAGACCUUUUUGAGUGGCGAAAGGCGGUUUCAUCGUUUAAGGCCCUUUGUAGGUUUCUUACCAGUAUACAGCCAUUGUUAGGAAUUUGGGUUCACCAGAACCCAGAGCUUGGGAAUGUUGUUUAUGUAAUGCCUGGUUUUGUUUCUGUAGUUGGUUGUCGGAUUAUCCCUCAAGAGCUAGGCCCUUUAGGUAUAGAGGACGGCCCUGUUCUUUGGACACCUGUCUUUGAGGUGAUCGGUGAUGAUAAUGGGACACCCAUGCUUUUCUUACAUGGAAGAGAUAAGGAUCAUGAUUAUAUGUAUCCCAAGUAUUAUGAUUAUAUGUAUCCUGGCUCAGUUAAGUCAAUUGAAAAGACUUGUAAUGUAUUACUGCUUGAAGUUGAACCUAUAAAAGAGAAAAUAAGGGGAAAUUCGGGACAUAGUAAACGUUCUGAUCACCAUAUUGUUGUAGAAACAAGUAGGAAAGUUUGUGGAUCGGACAAUUGGAUUCCAAAGUCACAAAGGUUUUCUGAACCAAGUGCCUUACAGGUGCCUUUUAGCAAGUUGUCAUUUGGAGAUAGGAGGAAAUUACUUGAAAUUGUUACCAGCCAAGUCCAUCUGCAAUUACCUGAUUCAGCUUCUGCACCGUUGUUUCCUUGUCUGAGGAAUGAUAAGGAUAAUUUUCAAAAAGACUUAGAGAUUUUAACAGAACGUCGAGCAAUGCUAAUCAAAAUGCAUAGACUUGGCGGGGACUGCGUUGAUUGGAAACCUGAUCAUGAUUUGCCGCGUCUUCCUAGCCAAAUAGACUUGAAUGAAAUAAAGAAGGUUCUUGAUCGUUCAAGUGGCUUUCGUAAUUCCCUAAAUGGUGAUGACACUCGUACCCAGUGUGCAAGAAGGAAAACACUCAUGGGCUAUGUUAAAGAUUAUACCCGACAGAUGCUUAGGAAAUCUAGCUCGAUAAAUGGUAGCCGUGGAACUAGAAAAAGUAGCUGUACCAGUAGUGAGAAUAAGCAUGCUCAACUUCAUGAUUUCCUCAGUUCCGGAGACACUAUAGGACUGACAUUGCAUGCAUUGACUAUGAAGUUGUCAUCGUAUCGAGCAUGGCCAAAUAUGCACAAUAACAGAUUUGCUUUAUACAAGCUGCCUAUUCCAGUACCCACAGUUGGUCAAGACUUUGCUGGUUUGUGGGGAGGAACAUUUGGGUGGCCUCCAGGAAAACCUACUGAAGAUAAGCCAGGAAAGGCUCUGUUCUUUCUUGUUCUAUCCUACUAUGAACAGUCACCAGGACAAAAAAUACUCAUUGCCACCAAAAUUUUAGAAGGCACUCAUUAUGUACUGCAUCCAAAUGGUUCAGCUAUGUUCAUUGUAAAGGUUAAUGAGCCUUCAGUUGAGCCAUUUCCCUGGGAUUCUGGUGCAGAUUCAGCUCCUGUAGCUGUGAAGCAAUCUUUUUCUGGUGAAGGUAUUGCUAAUGGUUAUGGGUUUAGAUACCCUGGCUCAAAGCCUGGUUCACUGUUUGUGCUCCAAGAUGAAAUGCUUGCUUUUCUCUGGAAAGAAUCUAGGGCUGUUUUAACAUUGCAGAGGCUUAACUUGGAAGACCUUUUGAAGAAGGGUGAGAGGGUACCUGCUCUUCCACCGAUCAACAAUUUUUCAUAUCUAACGAAGUCCUGCUCGAAUGUGUUUGCGGGAUUUACCAACAUGACUUCUGUAACUUCUCCAAGGAAUAAGCAUUCAUAGAUAAUUGGAAUCCAUGUACAGAAAAUAAGGUCUACCGCUGUUAGUUGGGUACAUCAGUCAAAUUCAGAAGCUUUGAAGCUCUCGGCAGUCACCAAUUCAUCGAUAUAUACUUGUCGUAAUAAUGGUCAUGAAACCUACAAAAAGAGUACGGUUGUAUACAACAUACUAAGUGGGAUGAAGGGAGUUUAAUUGCUUGGUCGAUGUAAUUUAAAUCAGCAAAAUAAUUCAUCACAUUUAUAUGUUUUAUAUUUAUGUUAGGUUCAGUAGAGCCGAGUCAAGCAUUGAAAGUGAAAACUCAUACUCCCUUCGUUUGUUUAAUGAAGUUCUAACAAAGAAUGUUCGAAUUAAGAAAAAUAAAAUAUUUUACAUAGUGGAUAAAUCAUUUCAUUAAGAGAAAUUUCAAAUGAUAACAUCAAAUUUUCAAGAAACGCUAGUGGUUGCACUUUUGUAAGAUUUUUCACAUUGUAGCA